AUGGCCAUCGAAAUCGGAAAGCGACAUUCCUGCCUGAACAAACGUGAUGACGGUCAGAGACUUACAACUACCUGGAAACCCCUAAUUUCCCCAUGUUCAUUCCCCACGCAGACGUCCGGUGAUGAUGGUGUUGUUGUAUACGAACCCGAAGCAACGACUCCCGUUAUAGAAGAUAUCAGCCCACCUCCCUUUCCUGUCCUUGACCACAUAGAGUUGCAAUCGUUCGCCUCUCAAAUAGCCUCCGGCAUGGCACAUUUGGAGACAAUCGGAAUAACACACCGAGAUUUGGCCGCUAGAAACAUUCUAAUAACAAAGGAAAAGUUACUGAAAAUAACCGACUUUGGUAUGUCUAGACCAGAAACCUACGUCAACAUCAAUAUGAACAGAAAAAUUCCUCUGCGAUGGUGCUCUAUAGAGGUCAUCAAAGGACUGAAAACAACCAACAAAAGUGAUGUUUGGUCUUUUGGUGUCGUUUUAUGGGAAAUUGGAACUUUAGGUGCACUUCCUUAUGGAGAUAUGGAAUGCAAUGAGGUUAUUCACUACCUCAAAUCAGGGAGACGGUUGUGUCGUCCGGAAAUUUGCACAGACGACUUGUACGAUUUAAUGCUGAGAUGUUGGAGAGAACGGCCUGAAGACAGGCCAUCUUUCAACGAAAUGAUCAAUCAAUUAGACGAGACGAAACGUCACGUAUACUUGGAAUUUCGGCAAAUCAAGCCAGAUUAUGUUUUUCCGGAAACUUGUUCUGAUGAGUAGAGUUACCUACGUAUUUUAGCCUUAGAUAGUAUAGGAUUCACAGUUUUAGUAAUUUUUGUUGGUUUAUGUUUUGAAGGUAAGUUACAGAGGAGUAGGUAAUAAAUACAUUUUUCAUAUAA